CACACGAGGCGUCUCUGGGCUGCCCCGGGGGCUGGCUCUCGCCUCUGCCUCCUGGAGCAGGACUGAAGGCAGCUGGGGCUGGAGAAGCAGAGCCGAAGUCACAUCUGCUCGGAUCGUUUUUCUGCGCGCCCGAGAGCAGCCAGGCGCCGCGUCGGUCGAGAGCUUCUCGCUGCAGCAGGUUUUGUAAGCCAGGAAGAUGGGGUCUGGCUGCCUGAAAGUCACGAAGUACUUCCUUUUCCUCUUCAACCUCCUUUUCUUUAUCUUGGGUGCUGUGAUCCUGGGCUUUGGAAUAUGGAUUUUGGUUGACAAAAGCAGCUUCAUUUCAGUGCUACAGACUUCAUCAUCUUCGUUAACGGUUGGAGCAUACAUUCUCAUUGGAGUUGGUGCUGUCACGAUGCUGAUGGGGUUCCUGGGCUGUGUUGGAGCAGUCAAUGAGAUUCGAUGUCUCCUUGGGCUGUACUUCACCUGCCUGUUGCUGAUUCUCAUAGCACAGAUAGCUGCCGGCCUGCUCAUCUACUUCCAGCGCAAUGCACUCAAAGCAGAAAUGUCUGGGAUUGUCGGGGAGCUCAUCCAGAAUUACAACCCUUACGAUGACCAUAACAGGACCCUUGAGACUGCCUGGGACUAUGUGCAGACACAGCUAUUGUGUUGUGGCUGGACUGGGCCAGAAACUUGGAGAAACAACACAGUCCUUCAGGAGAGAAAUCAGACAGCAUAUCCUUGCUCUUGUAGCAAUAACACGGUUGACUCCCUGUCAGAGGUGGGCUUCUGCACCUUGGUUUCGGUUUCUAACACCACAUCAGUCGAUGACUGGCCAGUCAGAAAGCAGGGGUGUAUGAAAGGUGUGCAGAACUGGCUACAGGAGAACCUCGGCAUUAUUCUUGGAGUCUGCACAGGGGUUGCUGUCAUUGAGCUGCUGGGAAUGGUGCUCUCCAUCUGCCUCUGCAAGAACAUACACACUGAAGACUACACCAAAGUGCCCAAGUACUGAGAGACUGCUGGCUCCUGGAGCUGCCCAGAGCAGGCGGAUGCUUCCUUCCCUCCCCACUCUCCAGACUGUCUCCAUCACUUAGCGUUUCUCCUGUGACGUCCAGCAUUGCUGUGGAUCAAUUGGGCUGCAUGGCAGCUAUGAAUUCUUUGAGGGAUCAGGGGCUUGGACAGCCUCUUCCUGUCUCCUGACUGUUCUUCUAUGAAGCAGGCCAUUUUAAAGUCUUCCUCUACUCAUGUGAUUCCCUGCACUUUUACUGCCAGCACUGCGCUAGAGAGCCUCUUCCUUGUUUUUAUUCACUUCUGACCCAUUGUAGCUGAGCUCAGAAUACUUCCUUUCUUUCUUGAUUUUGCCGCUCUUUACUAUCACUGCUACAUGUACAUAACCCUUUUUCCAUUCAGCUAGGAAGAAUAUGGGGCUUUGGCUGUUGUUGGUGGUUUGAUCUCUUUUAAAUACGCCUACUGUAGAAAAGAGUGUCCUUCCACUAAUUUGACACCUCUGCCUUUGUUAACUUCCCUUUCUCAAAUCUACUGGAUUAUCCCUUGAAUCUGUUGUUGUAUAGUUUACUAGACUUCACUUUCUCUCUCUCUCAAAAAAGAUUGCUUUUCACUUACUGCUCAACCUUUGACACCAAUCAGCGGAGGAUUGGGCCAGGCUUAUGAUUUCACCAGCCAGUGGCAAGGGAGUGUGGCUGGGGAAGUUUUGAUGUAGUCUCCCUCUUCCCUGCCACAUUGUCCUUCCUAUUCUCUGGAUCCUGUUAGCUUGGAGACACUUUAGAGACUGCAUGAGUAGCAUGAGUGAGCGUGCACGACUCACCGGAACAUGUUCUUGGGUUGCCAAUUUUUGUAGAGGUGAUGACUGAGAUUAUAUAUAUAUUUUCCUUCGGUAUAACUCUUCUGCAAUUGUGUGUUGUCAUUGAUGAAAGGAGUAUCUGGAAUCGAUGGCUGUUCAUACCAGUGGUUCUGGAGAGCACAUGAUCUGGCCAUUGGGUAACAUCUACGGAGAAGAGCAGCAACUUCUUCCUGUUAAGCUGCAUCUCCGGUUGGCCUGGGAAUAGCUAGAGUUGCCAUCAGAAGUCAGACAAGUAGAGUCAAGAGGUAGCAGGGAAUUACUAUGAGGACUCCCAUACUGGGAGAAGUGUCUGCACUCAGCAGCCAUACUAGGUGUGGAUGCAAAGAGGACAAUGGAAUCCCAUGGGGGCAAAUCCUUCCUUUGGGGGAAAGGGAAAGGCUUCCACUAUAGAAGCCCUUUGAAAAAAAGUAGGCGGUGAUCACAUUCUGGUUAACAGUUGCCUGAGAACAUGUGGCACUGACAGUCCCAUGGGUGACUCCCAUACUGUGGAGGUCCAAGAAGGCACUUUCAAAAACACUGAAGUUUGGACUUUGGAUCUUCAAAGCCUUUCCUGUGCUGAGAGUCCUUAACCACCUUGAAUCUACAAGUCGGUCAGUCUGUGCACUAUCAUUGGUAGUAUCUACAAACAUAAGAUUUAAAUUCUGCCCUGUGGGGAGAAUUUAACAGGCUUGAGAUAGUUAGCCUAGGGACUAUCUUCCAAACCUGCAAGAGCAUCUUGUACUUCUCUGUACCCCACAAUACCAAUGCUACUAUUUCUUCAGUGAAAACUGGUGAUGAUACAUGCAAGAAAAGUCUGACUGCUAUAACUUUUCUUUGUCCAUCAGACUAGAGCUUAGUCAGGUAAGGCAGGGAUGGAGAACCCCUGGAGGAUGCCUUUUGAGCCUGCCAACAGGGCCCUUCCCGUUAAGAUUCUGGCAAACAAUUAAGUUCACAAAAGGGAUUUUUCCUGGAAGUGAUGGUCUGAAGUUUGCUUUUAUUUCCUGCAGCCUGGUAUUUCCUUUUCAAAUUGAUUGUAAAGUUAUGUUUUAUACUCACCUCUUGUGCUUCAACUGAUAAGCUGCUUCACUGAUAAGCUGUUUAUGCAAUGGCUCUUCUCUGGGAUUCAGCUCUGAGCAGAAAAAAGGAAAAAAGGCUGAGCCCAUUCUGGUUUUCUCCUUUGUUUUUAGAAAUCUCUUCCAAAUGGAAGAAAUGCAUGUACAGAUUUAAACCAAUAAUGGGUGGGUAUUUCAGUAAUAAAAAUAUUUGCUUAAAAAAUG